AAGGUCAUAUUGUCAAAGACUGUCUAAAACAUGAUAAAGAAAAUGAUCAGAUCAACAAAGGCGUUACAUUUAAUAAUGUUAAUAUAUAUCUAGUUGAAUUCACAGAAACAAAAUCUGAUGAAAGUAGUGAAUAUUUAAAAGUGGAGCUAGUGGGUAAUGAUUCAUGUGGUGACAUUCGAGUGUUUAGUAAAAGAAAAAGAGGCAAAGAUAAUAACGAACCAGCAACUUCGAUAAAUAAAAGAGGAAAGAUCCUAAAAGUUGUAUAUGAAAAUGAAAAACUGAAAUGUUACAAUUAUAUGAUGUAUAUACCUUUUUCUAAACUGACCAGUGAAACUGAUAUCUUAAAGAAAAUAUCAG